AAGUAAAUAAUAUCCAAGGUUAUGCUAUAAUUGCUAGAGUUAAUUGGCUUAAUAAAGUGCAGAAUAUCAUUAAUUUGAAAAAGAGACAAUUUAAAUUUACUUGGGAAAACAAAUCUUAUAUUUUACCUAUUACAUGUUGGAAAAAGCCACAAUAUAAUAAUAAUGAGUCUAUUUCUUUAAAAAUUUCUUCUGAGUCUAAUAACUCAAAUAAUCAAACUUUAGUUAUUGAAACUAAUGAAUAUAGUGAAGAUAAAUAUGAAUCAUCUGAUAAUAAACUAAAAGAAUCUAAAGAAUUUUUAGUUAUAGAAAAUUCUGAUGAAAAACCUAUACUUGAAAUCAAUGAUACCUAA